UCUGGAAAAGGAAAAGAACAUACCAUCUUCGGAAGAAAGAGAUGAUGAAGACGUUGAUGAUACAGACGCUGACCCAACAUGGAAGAAGAGUGAAGACAGUGAAGAUAGCAAUGAUGAUUGUGAAUCUGAUGUCAUUCCAUAUCGCGUACUGCAUACAUCCAGAGCAGAUCGUCUAUAUGAGUCCAGUAUUGGUCAACUUGAUUCAGAAAACAACGCUGGAAAUCAAGAAAAGGAUAUAACAGACAAAGCUGAGGAUACAUGUAUAAAGGUUCUAACAGCAAACAACGAACUUCGGAGGAAGUGGGACAAACGGCAUUUUUGUGUAUUUUGCGAGAAGGACACUCCAAAAUUUGCUCGUCACAUCCAGUCACAUCAUUCAAACGAAAUUGAUGUUAAAAGAAUCAUGGCAUUUCCAAAGAAGUCUAAGAAUCGACGUGACUUACUUGAACUUUUGAGAAAUAAAGGCAAUCAUGCUCAUAAUCUUCAAGUAUUAAGAGAAGGGAAGGGUUUGCUGAUUCCAUUUAAACGGCCAACGUAUGAAACACCAGUGAAGGACUACCUGCCUUGCACUCAGUGUUACGCAUGGUAUGUAAGGAGUGACUUGUGGAAGCAUCGAAAGAAAUGUGUCGGAAGUGCUCAGUCUGGAUCUGGAAGUUUUCAGUCACAAUGUUCGAUGUUGCUGCCUAUGCCAAAAGAAGUACCUGUAAGACUUCGAGAUGAAGUCUUCAGCCGAAUGACUCAUGAUGAUGUUAGUUUGGCAGUGAGGCAUGAUGAUUUAAUCAUAAAGCUCGGUGGACAUCUUCUAUCCAAGUUCCAGGACUCAAACAACCAUUAUAACUAUGUUGGUCAAAAACUAAGGGAAAUGGGCCGUCUGCUCCUUCAAAUGAGAUCUAUCAGACCAUCCAUCAACUGCCUGUCUGAUACCAUUGACCCAAAGGUGUUUGAUGAUGUGGUCCGAGCUGUCAACAAAAUAGCAGGCUUGGAUGAGAGCUCAGGCAAGUAUAAGACACCUUCUCUAGCCUUAAAAGUUGGACACUCACUCAAAAAGUGUUCCAGGUUUCUUAUGGCUGAAGCACUGAAGAAUGGGGACACAGGGCAGAAAGAAAGGGCUGAACAGUUUGGUGAAUUGUGCUCUCUUGAAUGGGCAGAAAAAGUUUCAACAGGUGCUCUCAAGACUCUCUACACAGCAAAGAGGAACAGACCAACAAUAAUUCCUUUGUCUUCUGACAUACAAAGCGUGCACAACACCAUCCAGCACCAGAUGCAGGAGUCAAUGACACACAUCACAGCAGGUUCUGUAAGCAGUGAUGAUUUCUCCAGGUUAGGCCAAGCCAUGCUUGCUCAGACUGUCCUGUUCAAUAGGAAACGCAGUGGAGAGGUUGAAAGGAUGACAGUAGAAAACUACAAAAAACGUACUGGAGAUCUCAACAAAGACGUUCUACAGGGCCUCAACAAGCUUGAAAAGGAGCUUUGCAAGAAACUGACCAGAGUUGAAAUACCUGGAAAGAGAGGGAGAACAGUCCCUGUGCUUCUGACGCAGGAAAUGAAAGAAGCACUUGAUGUUUUAGCAGAGGAAAGCAUUAGGCAAGAUGCUGGAGUCCUAGAGUCCAAUAUGUACCUGUUUGCACGCCCAGGUUGUACCACACCUUAUAGGGGUUGUGAUGCUGUGAGAAAGUUUGCUCGGAUGUCUAAAGCAGAACAUCCAGAAAACAUCACAUCCACUCAGCUAAGGAAACAUGUCGCAACCAUGUCCCAGAUAUUAUGUCUGAAGGACAAUGAACUAGAUGUACUUGCCACCUUUAUGGGCCACAACAUUAAAGUUCACCGAGAGUAUUAUAGAUUACCAGAGAACACACUUCAGGUAGCUAAGAUCGCAAAAAUACUGCUGCUAAUGGAAAAGGGACAGAUGAACAAGUGCUCUGGAAUGUCCUUGGACAGUAUCAAUGUCGACCUAAAUGAAGCUUGUGAAGAAGAUAACAACCCUGAUGGAGAUAUUCAAGAAGAUGACACCCCUGAUGUAGAUAGUCAAGAAGUGGACACCCCUGAUGGAGAUAGUCAAGAAGUGGACACCCCUGAAGAAGGGCACAACCCAGAUGGGGAUAUUCAAGAAGAGCCCCCAGUUAAGAGAGAUCGAACUAAGAGCCAUAGAAUUGCAAAGAGAUCAAGAGAGCUCUCAGAUGAGAGGGAUGGACCUCCUGGGUCUAUGGAGCCAAAAAGUAGCCAUCCUGUUGCAAAAAGGUCAAAAGCGGAACGCAUUACCUGGACAGCAGCACAACACCAUGCUGUAGACACAUUUUUCAAAAGAAAUUACAGGACAUUCCAAAUUCCAGGGAAAGAAGAAUGUGAGGAAUGUAGAAAUAAGUAUCCUGAACUUGCAACACUACCCUGGACUAAGAUUAAAUACAGGGUUUAUAACAUUAUUAAACAAAACAAACUAAAAUCCCAUUGAAUCCAUCUUACCUCAAUGAAGAAAAGUGUACACACACACAUGUAUGUAUAUAAAUAUGAUUUAUUGCACUCCAUGCAAAUCAUGAGGUUUGAUUCAAUCACAAGCAAAAACAAAUAAAUGAAUAAAAUGAUAAUAAUUCAAUUGUAUACUAUGCAAACAUUCAAAUAAUUUCUAUAAAUGUCAGAUAAUACAAAGCAAAAAGGUUUGUAAUUAAUAUGGAUCACCUUGAUAAAAAUUAUAGCUGCAAGAAUGGUAAUUUGUAUAACUGCUGUUGAAUUGUCAAACCAUGAACAAACUUUCUACACACAAUCGGAAAUUGCACUUGAGAAGAAAACAAACGAUACAAUAAAUUCAUUGCUGAAAUAAAACAAACAUAAACAUUCCUUUAUAAGAAAUAUGGAUGUGAUUGACAUUCAAUCUGCAUCUUACAGCAUGGACUGCAAUGUAUUAUAACAAAGAGAAUAUGCGUGUGUGUCAGCAUUUCUUUUAUAAUCAAAGUGUAUAAAGGUGGAAAGUGUGCACAUGUGCAGAAUACUCCAUCCACAUUUUAUAGCUGUACUGUGCAUUACUUGAAAUUAAUAUUUUUUCCUGACCUAUUUGAUUUCUAUCCCAAGUUAUGUGUAAGAGAUCAAAAUAAAUAUUCCAUAUUUCCACGAUAUUCCAGGAGGAAAUCUCCCUUUGAAAAGGGUUUAUUUGUCACAGGUCCAUGUCCUAAAACAUAUGGAAACGUUGUCUCAUCCGCUCAAUCUAACUUGCGUGCAUAGAACAAAUAAGCAUUUUUCCAUGAAAAAGUGAAGUUUUCUAAA